AUGCCUAUCCUGUCUAUCUCUGUGUCCCUUCCUGGGGGUGUGUCUGCCCCACCUAUUCCUGUUCGUUCUAUGUUGCUGCCUGUUUCUGAUCUUCUGUCUGAUGAUGUGGCCAUGGCUGAUGACGCUGCCAUGGCUGAUGACGAUACCAUUGUUGAUAAUGGUACCGUAAUUGAUGACGUCGUCCUGCCUGUUGCUAGUAAACUGCUUGUUGCUAGUAGGCUGGCUGAUGAUGGUGCCCUGGCUGAUGAUUCGGCCAUGUCCGAUGAUUAUGUCAUGGAUGAUGAGACUAUGUCUCUCGCACCGAUACCAUCUUGUUCCGACUACGACUCGUGCUAUUCUUAUGACUCGGAUAUUUCUCCUGACGCGGAUGAUGAUGAAACCCUUCCCAUCCAGCCUACCACCGUGAUUUCUCCUGUUUCUCUGCGCGCUUCUUCCAAUGCUUCUUCACGUCCGCAAUGUCUUGCUGGCCCUGCACCUCCUCUUCUUCUCACUCAUGAAUCCAAUUCUGGGGGGAAACAGAUUCAGAUCCACAGCAAGUCUCAUGCAUCGAGAAGAACUUACGAUACACCAAAUAUGAAUCAGGAAGAGAUAAGUGAGCGAAGGCUCACUAAACAUAAGCUUACACCAGUUCCCUCUUAUGACAAUGCUAAUUGA